CUCUACAUGAUUUCAUGGUGUCCUAGUAAAUUAUGGAUAUCCAAAAAAGAAUCUAGUAAAUUAUCGAAAUCAUGAUACUGAAUUUCAUGAUACGAAUGGUGGCGAUAGCUGAACAGAUAAUAGGCCGAAUGAGCCCAUCUCAAGUUAAGUGCGCAAAGCCCAUGACCUGACCUGUUCACUCUCUCUCCUUUUCUCCCUCCCUAUUCUCUGUCCCUCUCCUCUCCUCUAAAAUCAAUUGCAGAAGAAACGAAAACAGCAAUCGUCCCAUGGGAGAUUCCAACCCAACUCCUCGCAUAUCAGUUCAUCAAGCUCUUGGUGGUGGCCUAGUUGCUGAUGUGCUAUUGUGGAGAAAAUGGUGUGGCGGCGUUGUGAUGCUAGCCUCGGCAACUACGUUUUGGUACUUAUUCGAAAGAGCUGGUUAUAAUUUCUUGUCUUUUGUGGCCAAUGUUUUAUUGCUCCUUGUUGUUAUUCUCUUCUUCUGGGCUAAAUCUGCUUCCCUUCUCAACAGACCUUUGCCGCCACUUCCUAAUUUGGAAAUUUCUGAGAAGACUGUUGGGAAGGUUGCAGAUGAGUUACAAGUAUGGAUCAAUUUUGUAUUAUCGAUUGUACAUGACAUUGCCGUUGGCAGAAAUUUGAAACUUUUUCUUAAGGUUGCUGUUUGCUUGUGGUUAGUAUCAUUCAUUGGUAGUCUCUUCAACUUCCUCACUCUGGUCUAUAUUGGGGUUAUUCUUAGUCUAUCAGUUCCUGUAGCAUAUGAUAAGUACCAGCACCACAUUGAUGAGAAGCUUUCUGUAACACACAGAAUCAUUCAAACACACUACAGGAAAAUUGAUGAAACAGUAUUAAGGAAGUUUCCUUUGCCCUCAAACAAGGAAAAGAAGAUGCAGUAGGAUAAAGUAUGAACAAUGAUCAAACAAAAGAGUUUGUAGUCUAUUAUCCAUGCAAAGUGAACCCUCAUACUUUGCUUUAUAUUGAACUAAUGCUUGGAAAAAUAGGUCAUUAUAAUAUCACAAGACAUUCGCCUUUCACUAUUUAAGAGUUUUUAGAUGUUGAAUAUCAUUAUUUUUAUCUUCAAAAUUAUCCGUGUUUUCUAUGGGAAUUGGGAUGUGAUCCCUAAAUGAAAAAAAAAACUGUAAUGUUUACUUGAGCAUACUUGCCCAAAAGUCAGUUUAUCCACUUGGAAAACCUGCCAAGUGAGCUUAUUAUCAAACUGUGAUUUGUCUUGAUAGAAAAAUCAUGUACUUUCAUUGUUUCUAAAUUGAAUAAUUUUAGCAACAAGUCUUCUAGGCACAUGAUGUCCAGAAUAAUUAAUGUUAAAAUGAAACUCGCAGGUAAAGGCAGGCAAGGUUUGAGACCUUUUGAUGUGAUAAGCAUAGACACUGAUUUUACUAGUAGCUUUGCUUGCUGCACUUCUAAGACAAAAUGCUAAAUUAUUAAGCCAUUAUUGUCUUGUUUGGAUUGGCUUGUUGCCUCACCUUGCCCUUCUUUGUUUAUCACUCUCUCUCUCUUUCUCUCUCUAA